UUCCUUUUGGGCAUUACAAGCUCGUUGGGACUGGAAAAUCAGCCAUCGUUGGGGUGUCGAGCUCCGGAACCGCUUAGUGACGCAGCAACCGAGGCAACUGCCAGCGAUGAAUGUUUUUUCUGUAGCUUAACCGUCUGCCAGAGAAUACUGCUUAUAUAUCCGCGUUGUGGUUCGAAGGCCUAAAGCUUUACUAUAAGUUUCUGAGCUUCUGACUUCUUCGUUCUGCUCCUUACACCAAAAUGGCUGCCCUUAAUCGCCUUCAGAAGAUAGCUUCGCAUCUUGACCCGCCUAAGACCGUGAAGUUCAAGGUUGCUGUGCUGGGAGCUGCUGGCGGCAUCGGCCAGCCGCUUUCUAUGCUGCUCAAGAUGUCGCCCUACAUUUCCGAGCUCUCACUGUACGAUGUCGCCAACACCCCGGGCGUGGCCGCCGACAUUUCGCACAUGAGCACUGGAGCACGAGUUAAGGGCUACCUAGGUCCCGCUCAGCUGCCGGCGGCGCUGACCGCCUGUCAGCUGGUCAUCAUCCCUGCAGGCGUCCCCCGCAAGCCCGGCAUGACGCGUGACGACCUGUUCAACAUCAACGCGGGGAUCGUGCGGGGCCUUGUGGAGGCAGUGGCAACCCACUGUCCCUCCGCCUGGGUUGCCAUCAUCUCCAACCCCGUCAAUUCCACUGUCCCCAUUGCGGCUGAGGUGCUUAAGAAGGCCGGCGUGUUCCAGCCCGGGCGGUUGUUCGGUGUAACGACUCUGGAUGUCGUACGAGCGGAGGCCUUUGUGGCGGAGCUGGUGGGCGCCGACCCACGGGACGUCUCCGUGCCGGUGGUGGGCGGCCACGCGGGUAUCACCAUCCUGCCACUGCUCUCGCAGUCCCGCCCCCCGCUGCCCGCCUCCAUGCCUCUGGAGCAGCGCAAGGCCCUCAUGGCGCGCAUCCAGGACGCGGGUACCGAGGUGGUGCAGGCCAAGGCCGGUGCCGGCUCCGCGACUCUCUCAAUGGCCUACGCAGCCGCACGAUUCGCCGACUCCUGCCUUCGAGCCAUGUCCGGAGAGGGACCCGUGACCGAGUACGCUUACGUGGCAGCAACCGCCGCCUCAUCUUCCGUCGUACCAGCUGGCCUGCCGUACUUUUCAUCUCCGUUGCGACUUGGUCGCGGCGGCGUGGAGGAGGUGCUGCCGCUGGGUCCGCUUGACGCGCUGGAGGCCGAGAACCUGGCUGCAAUGAAGGAUGAGCUGCUUGGAAGUAUUCGCAAGGGGGUUGAGUUUGCGGCAAAGGGUCCUGCUGCGGCGCCGGCUAAGUAGGAAAAUGGGUUGCAGCAGAGGAGCAGUAGAGGAGAAGCACCGGAAGAGGAGUUCAGGUGUACGGCAGGGGCACCAGAAGAGGAGUUCAGGUGUACGGCAGGGGCACCAGAAGAGGAGUUCAGGUGUACGGCAGGGGCACCAGAAGAGGAGUUCAGGUGUACGGCAGGGGCACCAGAAGAGGAGUUCAGGUGUACGGCAGGGGCACAUGUGAGGAGGACCUGCGGAAUGCGUCUGCGUCUUGUGUAAAUCAGGUGUGUGCGAGAAGUUAAUUGUACGGAGUAUGGGAGUGGAGUCUUUACG